AUGAAUCUAGUUUCAACUGUUAUUACCAUUGCUCUCACCCUAUCAAUUGCCCUAGCCAUCCUAUCCUUUUGACUUCCUUUAAUAAACCCAGACCAUGAAAAACUAUCCCCUUAUGAAUGUGGCUUUGACCCCCUAGGAACAGCCCGACUCCCAUUCUCCCUACGAUUCUUCCUCGUUGCUAUUCUGUUCCUUCUAUUUGACUUAGAAAUUGCCCUCCUGCUACCCCUUCCCUGAGGAGACCAAUUGACAUCCCCCACACUCACUUUUUUAUGAGCCUCCAUCGUUCUUGCCCUCCUUACCUUGGGCCUUAUUUACGAAUGACUUCAAGGAGGACUAGAUUGAGCCGAAU